AUGUCUGGCAGUCAUAAUGCGGGAAACCGCAACAGUACUCCCGAGGCAAACACGACGUCUUCUCUUCGACCCCCUUCGUCGAGGGCUGUCCCUGCCAAUAGCCACUUGAGGGCUUCGGCAGACAUGGCUGCCCUUCAAAACUCGUCACCCUCGAGUCGCAUUCGACCAUCCUCCGACUUCUAUGGCCAGUCUCAGCAGGGCCAGGGCCACGGCAACCACGAAACAGACCCCCAGGAUAAAAUUGCGCAGCAAUGGAUAGCCGACAUCGACCAGUAUGAAACUACAUUGGAGGAAAUGGCGGCGGCAACACUUGACCAGGAUUUCAAGGACGAGUUGAGUGCUAUUGAGCAGUGGUUCAGGGUUCUGAGCGAAGCCGAGCGCACCGCUGCUCUCUAUGCUCUUCUGCAACAGACUACUCAGGUACAGAUUCGGUUCUUCAUCCAGGUCCUCCAACAGAUGGAUCCCAUGACCAACCGCCUUAGCGAUGCCAUGAAUAAGUUGAACGUCGACUCUGCUAGGAACUCCAUGGUCCGUCCCUCAAGCACUGCUACUGGCAAACGCCAAUCGGGUCUCGACCCCUCAACCAUCAAUGCCAUGUUCCCCGAUGCUGCCGCAGCCAUCGCAACUGAAAAGGCAAAGUUCACACAGCAGACUGGCGCACCUCCCUCGUCAAACCGCAACAGCGCAGUUGCAGCCCCAACCAUCUCUGCUCCAGGCGACGGUCACGACUCGAACGGACAGAGCCAAGGCUCUCCAUGGACUGGGACUGAUCAAGCUGCACAGGGAGCCAAGCCAUCUGGCGGUCAACCCCCGAUGGGUCAAUUUCAAGCGCCACCUUCAAGCGGCUUACGUUCCCCUCGCCCGCAGAUCUCAGGCAACCAGAACAUCCAGAAUACCACUUUGACUACCAGUGACAAGCCGGCGGAUCUUCCCCUCUUGUCCCCUUACAAUCCCAGUGGCGGAAACUGGGCGUCGAUGGUCAACACCCCCCUUGUCGCCAACUUCAGUGCCCAGCAAAGUGGCACUCAGGCAGAUAUGGUUGCGAAUGCAACCGCCAUGAAGCUCGCGGCCCUUUCGACGGUCAACAAUCGCUUCGCUUUGGACGACGUACGCAAAUACAGACGUGCUCGCUCGAACGAUGCCCCUGGCGGCGCCCCUCAAGGAAUGCCCCCGAACGCACAAGGUGUCAAUGUUCCGGGUGCCAACGUCGUCAUGAUCAAUGAGCAUGGUCAAGUGCUUACCCGCGAGCAGAUGCUAGCCCUGCAGGCACAGAACAUUGGUUUUGGUCAGCAUCGGUCUCGCCCUAGUUCUCCCGGCAUCGCGAUGCAGCCAGGCUUUGGUGGGCCAAUGGCGUUCGCCUCUCCUCAGAAUAACGGUUUCCUCAGCGCCUACGAUGGAUCCUCGCCCCUUCUCAAUAAUGGCAUUCCUCAGGUGAACGUGGGGCAGCUGGGUGUUGGAGGUCACGAGGGAUAUCUGUCUGACCACUCCGAUAUGGUGCGCGGUCGAUCUCCUAGAGGACGACGCGGCAGUUCGAAGCCUCCUGAAGAUCCCACAGACCCUACUCUUUUGCAAGACAUUCCUAGCUGGCUCCGAAGUCUUCGUCUGCAUAAAUACACCGAAAACCUCAAGGACAUGAAGUGGCACGAGCUGAUCGAGCUGGACGACAAGGCUUUGGAGGACCGUGGUGUCAAUGCUCUUGGAGCUAGAAGGAAGAUGCUCAAGGUGUUCGAGCAGGUGAAGGACGCCAAGGCAGACGGCAAGCUUGGUUAA